CGGCAGAUGCGCGAGGCGCGCAGCGAGGGCCACCGGCUGCAGGACCGGGGCGACAAGCUCGAGCGGGAGCUCGACGGCUUGCGCGACCGCCUGGAGGGCCUCAAGGAGGACCAGCGCGCGGUGAGCCUUGACAGCCUCUCGCUGCGGCGCGACCGCGCCCACCUCGCCGAGGAGCUGUCGCUGCUGGAGCGCAUGCUGGCGCAGGAGGAGCAGUCGCUCCAGGUGGUGUUGGAGAGCAACGAGUUCUUGGAUGCAGCAUACAGGGAGCUGGAGGACCAAACGACCUGGUCACCUGAUGAAGAGGAGGG